AUGAAAAUGAGUGUAAAAUUUAUGUAUGACAUGAAUAGCAAAGUAACAAUUUUAAUAAGCUUGCCAACAAUCACAGCUUACAACUUUACUGAUAAAGCAUUGUCAAUUAAUAAUGAAGCUUCAAUGUUUAUCGGUCGUGUUAUUAGAGAUUGGAACCGACGGCAUUUAGUAACAGUUACUAAAGAUGUUGCAAUCUUGAACCUAAGCAACGAUAGCUUGUUACUUGAAUCAGUUCUUAGGUCAAUUCCUAGGAAGAAUCUAGUACUUCUACCAGAACGCAAUUGUCUUGAUAAGAAAAAAUAUAGUAAAAGUCGGGAAAGUGAUUUUUUAAUUAUCAUCAUUGGAAAUCAAAGUCAGUCCCAAAUUACAAAUGGAAUCUAUGGAUGCAUCGAUACUCCAUUUUGGUCAUCAACAAGCAACGUUGUAUUUUUAACAACAAAAAAAGAUCAAUCAAACAUUACCAAAACUUAUAUUUUCAGCAUCGCUGUAAGAACACGAUCAAUAAACAGCGUGAUAGUCAGCAUAAAUGACAACAAAAUUGACAAGAUAAUCAAAUGCAAUAUUUUUCAUAACACUAUGGAAGUUUUGAAUCUCACACAUAACACAGAUGUGCUUUUUGACGACAAACUUCGAGAUAUGGAUGGAUACUCAUACUCAACAAUCAUAAUUUCAAAUCACGAACGUCUUGAUCGGCUACAAAGUAGUACUCAAAAAUUAAAAAAUCGACUAAUUCAGACAAUUGCUAGCACACAAAAUGCAAAACUAAAGAUCACUGAGCAACUUGCUACAGCUGAUAACUUAUCCGGAAUACACAAAAAUCUCAGUCAAGGAAUAGUUGAUAUGCUACUCAAUUUAGGAUAUCCAAAUGGAUUCAAAAAUGUAAUACAGAACUUUAAGUCAGUCAACAUAUACGAAACUGAUGGAUACUGUGCUUUAAUAUCUAUUCCACCAAAGUUACCAUUCAUAAUGUUAACUAUCGGAAUUUUUGAUAAAUACACUCGAUUACUUCUCAUUGGAUUUGUUCUACUUGGAGCAUUAAUUUGGAGAAUCUUUGCAGUUAAAAGUAAAAACAAGACUGAAUCAGCUGUAAAUUUUAGCAUCAAAGUUGUUUGCAUAUUCUUCGGUCAUUUUAGUCCAUUUCGUAAGAAUCGCCUUAUAUUAAGGAUCAUGCUGCAAUGUUAUGCCUUUUCUUUUAUGAUAAUUGGCAACGUAUAUGAAAGUUGCAUGUUUUCAAUUCUAAUGGAUCAAGGAAGAUAUACAAAGAUUACUAAUAUUGAGGAUAUAACCAAUGGAGAUUACCAGAUUAAUAUUCUCAAAGAAUCAGAUUAUAUCUGGCAACUUAAUAAAACACUUCAAGACAAAACGUUGGAUAGGCCAUUAAUAGAUAUUGACUUAUACAAUAAGCUGAUAAAUCAUGAAUAUAAUAUAAUAAAAGACUUGAUGCAACUUCAAAUUGAUCCGACUACAAAGGUUGAGGACAUCUACUACCAGCUAUCAAAGAAGCUGUUAGUUUAUUAUGAUAAUUUUCUGCUUUCAAGAAGAAGUCCAUUUUUGGACAAGCUUAGUCAGAUUUCACUUAAAAUUCACGAGUCUGGAAUUAAACAACAUUGGAAAAUGCUAAUGGAAGAAAGCAAAAGUACACAAAAGGAUGACAUUGAAGAUGAAAAUGUUUUAACAAUGAACCAAGUCCUUGGAGCAUUUAAGAUUUACUUUAUUGUGCUUGGUUUGGCUUUAGCGACUUUUGUAAUGGAAAUUUUAUGGUUUCAUGUCAUGAAUUGUUGGCAUUGGAUCAUCAGGAAAUUUCGACAAGAGUCGAAAAGUGAAAAUUCUAGAAGAGUUGAUAAGCCGAAGGUUAAAAUGAUUAUGGUUCAACCAAAAUUAGAAGAAGAUAUUAUUUAA